AUGUAGUACAGCUGUUUUCUACAAUCAUACUUGGGAGAAAAAAAAGAAAGGCAACAUUCAUCGUGGUGCAGAAAGGGUUCUUUGUUCACGCACCAAUUAAUUCGCGAACGUCGCUUCUCGGGAGGAUUAUUUACUACUUAAAGCUAUAUUUGGCAUCUUUUUUGACCAAAAGCCGGAGGAUUUUUGUUGUUGUUGUUAAGUGUUUAGGUUCUGAUUGUGAUGACUGUAGGAAGUCGUUAUGCGUGAGGUUGCUUAACGUGUUUACAGAUCAAAUGCGAGCUUACGUGGGGAGGUUUUCGGUACGCGUUAUGGCUACAUGGUUAAUAAUAGCUCCUCAGACCAGCUGAAAAAAUAACGAUCAUGCUAAUGCAAGGAUACUUUAGAUUCUUUCAUGAUAACGCCCUGAACUAAAGGCUGUGAGUGUCCCCAAAGGGCCUCAAACCGCCUCGAUGCAAGUGAACACUGGAAUCCACUGGAUUCGAAGAGGAGCUAGAGUUUACUCUGGGGCUCUGCCUCUCCAUAAACAUGAAAAUUCUUGCAAGUGCUCCGUGUUGAAAGAGUUCUUGUUUAUCCCUUUAUUUAUUUUGCCCUACUUUAAAAUGUUGCUGUUUCUUUUCUCAACAGAGCUAUUUUGAGGCUAUGAAACAGGCGGUGCUGAGUAGGGUAGUGAAAAAACCCCAGGGUGAGAGGCGUUUGGAAUGUGAGCAGCUUUUUAUUGUGGGCCCCGGUUGCUCAGCUGAAAGGAGUUUAAUAGUUUCUCGUGCUCAGAUAGGGUAUAAUGGGGGGCAUUCUUUAUGUAAGUCACUGAUGUUUAAAAAUCUUAUUUCCCUUUGCACCCAGUGUAGUUUCUGUUUUAGUCUCUAGAAGCACCCCAAAAGAGUACAAGAUCACCUUUUCUCAUGGGUCAUCAAUCACCACCAGUAACCCCAAGUCCAAAACAAAGACACUGGAAUGGUUGAAUGGAUAUGGAAAAGGUGGUAUAUACAUAGAAAGAAAUAUUCUAUCUAAGAAAAGAGGGAAAUCCUGUCACAUGUUACAACAUGAAUGAAUCUUGAGGGCAAUAAGCUAGUCAUAGAAAGACAAAGACUGCAUUAUUCCACUUACAUGAGAUAUCUCAGGUAGUCAGACUCUUAGAAAGCAGAAUGCUAGUUUUAAAGGGGCUUUUGGGAGAGGAAAAUUUGGAGUUCAAUGAAUAUAGAGUUUCUGUUUUGUAAGAUGAAAAUGUGAAAAGAACUGUUGCAAACAAGGUGCAUAGUACUGUGCAUUUUUAAAUGGUGGCAAUGGUCAGUGUUGUGUUUAAUGCAUUUUACCUCGAGACAGAAAGAGAGUUAGAGUUGCUGGAAACUGGCAGGAAGGGUUGCGAAGCUGGGAAGUUGCUGGGAAGUGGCAGACAGCGUUCAGUUUUUCCUCCGUUAUUGAGUAUGUAAGCCAGGCCAGCACUGGUACGCACGGGAGAUAUUAAGAUACAUAAGACCCAGUCCUUAUCCUUGAGAAGCUAAAUCUAUUAUUAAUGGUCACUAUGUUGUGAAUAUUGAUGCAUCUGAUCCUUUUGAAAAUGUACUUGUUCAUUAAAAACUAUCAUGCAGGCUUAUGCAUUCAGUAAUAGAGGUGGGAACAAAGGACAAGGAUAAAGUUCAGUCAACAUUAAGAAGAGACCUGUACCUUCUCUGUCAUCAGAGAGAAGUGCAUGGAGGAAGUAACCGCUGUCUUAGGUCUUAGAAGAGGAGGAGAAGCCUGCUAGCUUGGCAGGAAGGGGAGGGUGUAACAAAUUGGACUAUCUUAUGUCCUCCAACCUCAAGGUCACUGCAUAACACACAAGGAAGGAUCUACAGCCUUAACAGUAUGUUUUUGUUUCCUGGCUGGCAUGCCAUCAUUUCAUAUUCAUUCAGAUAGAUGUUCUUAUCCUGAGAUAACAUAUAACCGCAUAUGAAUGUAAGAUGCAUCUCCAAAGUGGGCAGCCGACAUCAACCCCUGAAAUUCCUGAAAAGAUGCACGUGUGGGUUAUUUCUAGUUUUGACCUAUUCCAAUCAAAGCCUGAUGCAAAGAACUGACUCCUUGGAAAAGACCCUGGUGCUGGGAAAGAUUGAAGGCAGGAGGAGAAGGGAAUGGCAGAGGAUGAGAUGGUUAGAUGGCAUCACCAACUCGAUGGACAUGAGUUUGAGCAAACUCCGGAAGUUGGUGACGGACAGGGAAGCCUGGUGUGCUGCAGUUUGUGGGGCUGCAAAGAGUCAGACACGACUGAGCGACUGAACUGAACUGAACUGUCAAGCAAAGCCAGCAAAGACUACUCUUGUUUUAAAAUAUAGUAUCUUGGUGGAUAUGCUAGAUCACAGGGUAAGUGUAUGUCUAAUUUUGGUAGAUAGUGCCCAACUGAUUUUAAAAGUGGUUUUUAGUAUUACACACCCAUGGACGGAGGAGCCUGGUGGGCUGCAGUCUGUGGGGUCGCCAGGACUCGGACGCGACUGAGCAACUUCACUUUCACUUUUCACUUUCAUGCGUUGGAGAAGGAAAUGGCAACCCACUCCAGUGUUCUUGCCUGGAGAAUCUCAGGGACAGGGGAGCCUGGUGGGCUGCCGUCUAUGGGGUCGCACAGAGUCGGACACGAUUGAAGUGACUUAGCAGCAGCUGCAGGUCAUGAGAAUUCUCCCUGUAUUUCUUAAUAUGCUUAAGUAACACUUAGGAUAUGCCAGACAGGGGGGCUUCCCCGGUGGCUCAGUGGCAAAAGAUUCACCUGCCAAUGCAGAAGAUACAGGAGAUGUGGGUUCGAUCCCUGGGUAGGCAAGAUUGCCUGGAGGAGGAAAUAGCAACCGACUCCAGUUAUUCUUGCCUGAAAAAUUCCAGGGACAGAGGAGCCUGGUGGGCUGCAGCCCACUGGGUUGCAAAGAGUCGGACAUGACUAAGUACACACACAUGUCACGUCAUAUGCCAGAUAAUAUUAAGUGCUUUAUAAAUACUGACUUUUUAAAUUUUUGAAUAACCCUAUCGAGUAGGUUCUAUUACUAUUACUAUCCUAAUUUACAGGAGAGAAAAUUGUAGCUUAGAGAGGCUAAUUUACUUGGCUCUCAAGUAAAAUAGUGAGAAUCCAGGAGCUGUGAUUCAAACUUAGAUAACUAGCUCCAGUUAGCAAUCCCUCACCCACUAUGUGUUUUGUGAUUGAAAAUGCAUGUAACCUAUAAAAACUCUGGUCAUCUUAUAGGUUUUUUAAAACCAUUUGAAUAACAUUAGGUAAGAUGGAAAUGUAUCCAUCAGAUUUAACCAAAAUCUUUGCAUAAUAAAUGAUAAGACUGAAAAAUAAAUUGGUGUUGUUGUUCAAUUGCUAAGUCAUGUCCAACUCUUUGGACCCCAUGAACUACAGCACGCAAGGCUUCCCUGUCCUUCACUGUCUCUUGGAGUAUAUAAGUAUGACUUAGCAACCCAGCUAAUGGAGCACUUCUUCCAUUUAAAUUCCCAUAUCUUGUUGAGCUCUUUUCAGAGAGCCUUUAAAUAAACUGAACAUAAAAGCAGACAUCUAUGUUGCUGUAUCACAAAAUGUUGAACCAAGAUUUAAAAGAUAAUGAUGUUCAGUCGCUAAGUUGUGUCCGACUGUUACUGACCUCAUGGACUGCAGCAUGCCAGGCUCCUCUGUCCUCUUCUGAUUCCCAGAGUUUGCUCAAAUUCUUGUCCAUUGAGUCAGUGAUGCUAUCUAACCAUCUCAUCCUCUGUUGGUCUCUUUUCCUUUUGCUUUCAAUCUUUCCCAGCAUCAGGGUCUUUUCCAAUGUAUCGGGUCUUUGCAUCAGAUGGCCAGAAUAUUGGAGCUUCAGCAUCAGUCCUUCCAAUGAAUAUUCAGGGUUGAUUUCCUUUAGGAUGGGCUGGUUUGAUCUCCUUGCAGUCCACAGGACUCUCAAGAGUCUUCUCCAACACCACAGUUCAAAGCAUCAAUUCUGCAGUGUUCAGCCUUCUUUAUGGUCCAACUCUCACAUCCAUACAUGACUACUAGAAAAACCAGAGCUUUGACUUCCCUGCCCUUUGUUGGCAAAGUGAUGUCUCUGCUUUUUAAUAUGCUGUCUAGGUUUGUCAUGGCUUUCCUUCCAAGGAGCAAGCAUCUUUGAAUUUCAUGGCUGCAGUCACUAUCCGCAGUGAUUUUGGAGCCCAAGAAAAUAUAACCUGUCACUUUUUCCCCUUCCAGCUGCCAUCAAGUGAUGGGAACAGAUGUCAUGAUCUUAGUUUUUUCAUGAAGCAUAUUCAAUUGUUAUUCUCCAUAAAAGAUUUGUUGGCAGUAACAUUCUAGAGAAAAGUAUAUUUUGUAUUAUUAGUAAUACAUUAAAAAGAUUUUUUAUGUGAUUUACUUCAUCGUUAUCUAUUGAAAAUUUUCUAUUUCAAUGUGUUUUACUGUGGUCACGAUAUAUUAACAGUAACAUGCUUGUCAUUUAUAAAGAUACUGGGGGUGUACUCAAAAUUCUUACGAUAGGGUGCUCAGUCAAAAAGUUUGGAGACUACUGGUCUGGCGUCUGAGGCUGUGUCUUAGAGGGGAAGCUUAGAAUAUCACAGUGGAGUCCUGGUCUGCCAGGAAGCAGAACAGGACGCUGGGCUAGCUGCUGCUGCAAGGGCGGCUGUGAGAGAGGAAGUAAGGGGGAGAUAGGAGAAGGUAACACAGAUAAACCGCAGACCUACUUGCCUAGAAAUCAGCCCAGUGAAAAAUGUAUUUGUAUUGUACUAACUAAUCUAAUGAAAGAUAAACGUUUGCAAAUUUACAGAAAAAUCACAGAAUUCAAGAUUAGCUUUUUCUUUUUUUUUUUUUUAAAACCACCAGAGCUUGCAGUACUUCACAUAAGUAAUGCAAGCAAAGUCAGGUAGCAGAGUCAGUAACCAUACACUCAGUCUUGAGAAAAGUUUAUGUUCCUCUUUUUAUUACCUGGGAAACUCUUCUCAGAGAAACAGUCAGCAGUUUUCUUCUAAAUUUGUGGAUCUCUUCUAAACUACACGGCUGCAAUAUCAUUCAUUCUGUUUGCAGAAGCUGAAGUGAGAAUCUGUACCAUGUACGGAGCCAACUACUGGAGAAGGCCAUUAAGAGAGAAAAGAUGAAAAGAAUUUCAUUAGCAUAACUAACAACAGAGUCAGCUUUGACAAGGGGAAAAUAAUGGUCGUCUGAAGUGAGAAAGUACUCAAGGGACAAGGAUGAAGAAAACAAAAAGUUGAGGGGAUCCAGAAAGUAAUCAUGGACCUUAUAGAUGAGUUUAAAGAUGAAUUCCCUACCAUCCUCAGAUUAUCACAGUCUAAUCAGAAAAGAGAACCCAUGCAAAAACCAUCCAAAAUCAGAAUGGCUAUUGCUUUAGCCAAGAUCAACCGAGGAACAUUAAUUCAAGGAUUAAACAGCAUUUCCAGAUCCUCCAAAUCAGUUGCCAAGCUUCUGCAACCUCAGCUUGCUUGCCGACUUUUAGAGUUAAGGGCCGUAUCUCAUCGUUUGCUCAAGGAAGUUAAUGCACCAAGACAACCCCUGUAUAACAUACAGGUCAGAAAGGGAUCUUUGUUUGAAAUCAUUUCUUUCCCAGCAAAGACUGCUUUAACUAGCAUAAUGUGCGCUUCAUAUACGGCACUCAUUUAUUUGACAGUCUGUGUUAAUGCUGUGCUGGAGAAGAUAAUGAAAAUUUUCCAAGAAGAAGAAUCCAUAAGGCAAAACAGAGAGGAGAGUGAAAAUUUUAGAAAUGCCUUUUCGGAGCCUGUGCUUUCUGAGCCUCUGUUUCCCGAAGGUGAAAUCAAAGCAAAACCUUAUAGGUCAUUACCAGAGAAGCCAGACAGUAUUUCCGAUCACCCCAAACUUCCUGCUAAUAAGUUGAGUAAUAAGAUUCAGGUUUUACAUUCUGUGUUUGACCAAUCAACUGGAAUGAAUGAAUGAACAAAUCUGAACUUAAAUAUCACUGAACAGAGCUUAAGCAUUAUCUAAUGACAUAACUAGGAAACUAGUUUUUAUGUUCUGACUGCUCUGCUUUGAAACAAAAUGGGGGUGGGGGACGGACUAUUGCUAAAAUGUCAUUCUCAAGUAUGUAUAUGGUAGAGAAAAUAAAAUGAAUCAAUGUUGA